AUGCUUACAAGCUCAGACAUAUCACGGAAGAACAAGCUUACAACGCAACAACAGCAAGUGCAACGACCAGUUGACUUUUUCAGGAAAAACUCAGUCGAGUCCAAGAACACAUCUUCUUCCAUAUCAUCGCUCUCGUCAUCCAAUUCAAUAGUUGAUUUGAAAGGCGACUUGCUUCCUGAUUUGUGGCAGACCUCUUCGAAUGAAUCAUACUUUUCAGAUACUUAUGAGACAUUGAAGUUGAAUGCUUUGAAUUUUUCACAGCCACAACAAUCACAACAACCACAACAAGAAAAGGAACAGCCGCUCUACAAUCCAUUGGAUUUACAUUCUCAAUCACAGUCCCCAUGUCAAAUUACAAUCAAUCAACCUACAAUCGAUUCACAUUUAUACUUGGACACUAUUAUUCCUUCUUCUACUUCUCCUCCUUCUCAUCCUCGCUUAGAUUUUCAGUCAAAUAAUAAUUUGCAAUCAGAGUUGCUACCAUGUGUCCAACCACCAAAACUACCACAACCACCACCACAAACAUUAACAUCAGCACAAGAACAACAACACCAACAAAACCAACAGUACCAGUACCAGUACCAGUAUCAACAAUUUCAACAUGACUUAAACAAUAGAGAUACUAGUAAUGGAAACAUUAACGCCAACUAUACAUUCCAAAGAGCUACCUCACCAUCAUUAUGGAAUAGUCCCACCUCUGCAUUAUUACUAGCUCAAGAUGAAAUCUCAUGGAACCCUCUUCACCACCACCACCACCACCACCACCAACAACAGCAGCAGCAGCAAAGGUUCACAUACGAGGGAUUGCUGGCAUCACCACCACUACUUUUAAGUCCACAAUAUGACGUCGGUAUUGGAAGUGGCAUUGGAAGUGGCAUUGGAAGUGGCAUUGCAACUGGUCUUGGAAGUGCAACUUACAAUUCACACCAAACUUCAAAUCGCAGUAUCCGAAACUCGGGUUUGAAAUCACCAAAUUUUAUAGAUGAGCAGCUUUAUAACCAACAAAUGUAUUUGCUUGAUGAAGACGUCCAAUCACUCGGCAGCAGCUUAGAAGGUUUACACUUUGCCAAACAAUUACAGCAACAGUCACAACAGUCACAACAUCCAUUAUCUCCACAAAUUAGUCAAUUUGAUGUGCAAGAGUUUAAUGGCACUUUUAAUCACAACUACAUUCACAAGUCAGAAAUUCAACAAAACCAACAACAGCAACAACCACCACAACCACCACCACAACAAUUACCACAAUCACCACCAGCACCAACACCAGCACCAGUGCAACAGACUCCAUACCAAACAGCAAAGGUCAAUACCCAAUUAUACAAAACUGAGCUUUGUGCACCAUUUAUGAAGACCGGGGUCUGUACAUAUGGCACCAAAUGUCAAUUUGCUCAUGGAGAACAAGAGUUGAAGCACGUGGAGAGACCACCAAAAUGGAGAUCAAAACCAUGCACUAAUUGGGCCAAGUAUGGAAGUUGUAGAUACGGUAACAGAUGUUGCUUCAAACAUGGCGACUAA